CGCAUAGCUCGAACCGCGUUUCUUUAAGCAGCUCCAUGAUUCAUUCCUAUUAUUGUGACUCCCUGCAGUAUGAAUUCCGACAACUAUUACGUUCUUUGCUGCAUUAUUUCAUUAUGGUACCACACAAACGUUCGGCAUUGACGUUGCUUGGUGCUCGCAGCACAUACGCGAAGGUGGUACCAAUGUUAUCGUGUCCUUGUGUCUUAUCGCGAUAGGAACCUAGUGAUUAUUAGCACUCAAAUGUAAUGCCUCAGUGCGCUGUAGUGGGUUGCAACAACACUCACAGAAGAACCAGAGGAAAGUCCAUCAAGUACCACCGAUUUCCUGGUGAUAAUAUCACUAGACAUCAGUGGCUAAAGGCUUGUAGAAAAACAUUAAACAAUUGGGCCACUGCUAGGAUUUGUUCCAGACACUUUAGUGCGGCUAGUUACGAAAGAGACGUCCAGCAUGAACUUCUGGGACUACCGACAAGAUGUCGUUUAAAAAGAGGUGCGAUUCCAGAUAAAAAUUUACCAAGCGAUUUUUUGAAAGAAGACGUACAAGCUAAAAGUGCCAUAGCCGUUUUGUUGGCGGUUGGAUUAGUGCCUAGGAAGAAAAUUGAAGGACUUUCAAAAGAUCUUGAUAAAAUGCAAAUAAUGGAGAACGUCGGGGAGGGAUGUGACGUCAACCCUCCCUCUUCUCCAGGCCAUGCUGACGAACAUCAAAAUAAUGAGGGACCUCUUGAAGAUGCACCAGUCAAAUAUGACGAACCUUCAGAAAACGAUGAUAGCUUUGAAAUUAAAAUUGAGAAUAAUGGAUUGGAGAAUCAGCCAGAGGAUAUUAAAGAGGAAAAGGAUGAUGCUAAGAAAAGUGAUGACGAAGUAGAAGAGAAACAUCAAGAGGAAAAUAGUAGUCACAGUUCAUCUUCAGAACCGCCCAGUAAUAAAAGAAAAUUAGAUUACGACUCGCCACCAAUGAAAAGACUUAAAACUGACAUAGAAGAUAACUUUAUGGCACGAGAAAAAAUUAUCGGAGACUAUUUUGAAGUGGCCGCUUGUAAUAAUCUUGAACAAAUCCAAUCAUUUAGUGAUCAAGUUUUGUCUGAGAUUAAAACUUUGAAUGAGCUUGCCAAGGAAAAGGAACAAGAGUGGAACCAAUUGUUGCACAUGAAGAAAUUGAAAGAGGAACUUCUCUUAAGAUUACAAAGGAAGAGACAAGUUCUGAUCUUCAACGAUAGUGAUCUAAAUGACAUUCAACCCGAAACCAAUGGCCAACAAAGUCUUCAGAAAUGCAACCAAAAAGCCAACAUGUUGCGAGAACUUAGAGCAGCUAAUUUAGAGAAACUUAAACGACGUACUAGCCUAUUGAAUAAUGCUUACAAUAAGCAAAAACCUGUUGUAGAUGUUCAAUCAAUUAUAGCGGAUUAUAGGCAAAGCCAUCCAGAAAGCGUUCCACGAAGAGGUAGGCGUAUAAGGCAUUCUCAAAGUGAGGGUAAAACGAGUAUAUUCGGAUUUUCAGGUGGCAGUCUCAUUGGACCAAAAUCGGGAUUAGACCAUUGUGAUAUGCCUAGUCAAAAUGGAACUCAAGAUGAUUCUCGUGUUUCUUCCAAUCAAAACUCCCACAAUCGUCCCAGUGGAGAAAUAAAAACCUACAAAGACAUAUUGCUUCAAUGCGCCAGACUAUCCCAAGCGGAAAAAACUGAACUUCAAAUGCAACUUAACGCCUCCAAACUUCCACCGCCGUAUCCUGAAGUCACAGUACAUCCAGUUACUAGCACAAGCUCAGUGGCUCCAACAAAUUCUCUAUUGCAUGGGAUUUUAACAAAAACUCCUAACCGUCAAAAAACCAAUGGCAAGACAAAAGUAAAUGGAGGGAAAUCUUCGUUUAGUCCCACUCUAGCUAGACUGUUAACAGCUCCAGAUAGAAGUGCAACCUCAACUCCAACAAAUAUGAUGAGUGGAAGUUUGUUGAACGCUAGUAAUAUUGCUUUGUCAGCCAUUUUUCCAGGAAGCAAGGUAAGAAAUGAGAUAACCAUCACCCCAGUCGGAAGUGAAUUUGAAACGCCAAUAAAAAGAGAAUUGAUGGAAGAUGAAUCUGAAGAUCCAGUCGACCGCCUGGUGAUCGAUGAAACCUUGGAUAGUUCAAAUUUAAGAAAAGAAGAUAAUAAAUCAGAAGAUGGAGAAGAUGUACCCCAGUGUCAGGGUUGUAAUCAACGAGCUGCUCAAUUCGUCUGCGCGGGGUGUGGCAAUCAGUGGUACUGUAGUCGAGAUUGUCAGGUGACAGCAUGGGAUGAUCAUUCAGAAGUUUGUUCAGGUUAAGAUAGCGAAUUUGCAGUAUCUGGAUCAUAAAUAAUAGCUUCCAAGUUUAGAAGGAUUUUCAAUUUUUUAUAGAAAUAUGUAAUAAUUUUUGGGUACAAGUUCCAUAAUAGAAUUCGCCAAAGAUAUGUAUCCAAAUCGAUUUUGCCAUUUUUCAAGGAAGUUACCUAAUAUUAAUCGAUUUAUUUCAUUCUAGAUUAUCUUUUUCUAACAUUUAUUUAGUCAAUAUUGUGCUGUGGUGUUUCUAUGUAAUUUAUGUAUAACAUUUACUAUUUUCCUUUUAUUUCUAGUAGGUUUAGUGGUUUUUGUCAUUAAGUGCCAUUUUGUGUAAUUUUCAAAUUUUCCUUUGAAAAAAAAACUUACUACCAAUAGGCACUACAUUUUUUAAGUUUCCAUAUUUAUAUUAAUUUCUAGGAUAGAUAAGAACGUAAGAUAAAAUUCUGUGAUAUCCCUUCAAGCGUGGUGAAUCAACCUCCAAUAAUAAUUAUUCAUACUUAAAAAUACGACUCGGUCAAGUUGGCCCCCGCAUCCGAUUUUGUACUGUUUCUCAGUUGUAGUCAUUUGUGCUCAAUUGUGCCAGUUUUUAUGUGAAUUGUGUUUAAUCCCAUGCACCAAAAUAAUUGAAACAAAUCUGGGGGCCAGCUUGACUCCAGCCCCCCGUUUUUUUGACUUUUUGGGCCAGCUUGAUUCCAGCUAGGAGAGCUGGAAUCAAGCCCCCGGAUUUGUUUCAAUUUUUUUUUGGUGUAUGGGAUUAAGCACAAUUCGCAUAAACACCGGCACUGCACAAAACGAGCACAAUUGAGAAAAACAACAAAAACGAACGUGGGAGGCCAACUUGAGCGAGACUUGAAAUACCUACCGUUGGAUUCACAUAGGAUUUUUGAGGAGCAUAUGUUACAUUCAUUUUUGAAUGUUAUCGCUUCCUAGCUGAUAAGUUUUCAUGAGUAAAAAUGUUUGAGUCCAACUAUAACUAUACAUAAAAUUAAAUAUCUUUUGUAU